UUUGGUUUUGCUCUCAAGAGGGGAGGCUGUUUCCCCUGGGAAGAGGCCCCGAGGGUAUCUGGAAAAGUGACUGGGCUGUACACAUCCACAACUCAGGCCGUGGUUACGUGCCAUAGGCCCACAUGACUUGUGGCUGCCGGGGUUGUGUGGUGUGAUUCAGGACACCGGUUUGAAGUUAUAGAAAGAAGUGCACUGUUGUCUCCUGCCGGCAGACCUUCUCCUUGGCUUCCAAGAGGCCCCCUAGUGGACUGUCUGUGGUAGUAGCUCAAAGCACCACACUUCUCGACUCCCCUCCUUCCAAAGAGAGCAAGAUGUUCUUUUCAUGUUCAUCUCUUCAGUUUCUCUGGCUGGCUUCUUGGGGGCUGUCUUGCGCUUUGGCAAGGAUUUUUUGUUGCCAGUGACCUGGCUGGACUCCUUCAGCAACAGAUCUGGUGCUACAGUGAGGUCUCCUGAAAGAGCUUCGGGAGGAGAUGCGUUUGGAAAGCAGGUUCUGCGUAACAGUAGGUACCUGGCAAAGCUGUCCUCCGUGGGGAGUAUUUCCGAGGAAGAGACCUGUGAGAAGCUGAAAGGGUUAAUCCAGCGCCAAGUGCAGAUGUGCAAGAGAAACUUGGAGGUGAUGGACUCGGUGCGCCGGGGAGCCCAGCUGGCCAUCGAGGAGUGCCAGUACCAAUUCCGUAACCGUCGCUGGAACUGCUCCACACUGGACACCCUGCCGGUCUUUGGCAAGGUAGUGACACAAGGGACACGGGAAGCAGCUUUUGUGUAUGCCAUCUCCUCCGCGGGGGUGGCCUUUGCAGUGACUCGAGCCUGCAGUAGUGGAGAGCUGGAGAAGUGUGGCUGUGAUCGGACUGUGCAUGGUGUCAGUCCUCAGGGCUUCCAGUGGUCUGGCUGUUCCGAUAACAUCGCCUACGGAGUGGCCUUCUCACAGUCUUUCGUUGAUGUCCGGGAGAGAAGUAAAGGCGCCUCCUCCAGCAGGGCGCUCAUGAACCUCCAUAAUAACGAGGCUGGAAGGAAGGCUAUCCUGAACAACAUGCGGGUAGAGUGCAAAUGCCAUGGUGUGUCAGGCUCGUGCGAGGUGAAGACCUGUUGGAAAGCAAUGCCUCCCUUCCGCAAAGUGGGCAACAUGUUAAAGGAGAAAUUUGAUGGGGCCACAGAAGUUGAGCAGAGAAAGAUCGGCUCCACCAAAGUCCUGGUGCCAAAAAACUCCCAGUUCAAACCACACACGGAUGAGGACCUGGUCUACCUGGACUCCAGCCCGGACUUCUGUGACCAUGACCUAAAGAAUGGGGUCCUGGGGACCAGUGGCCGGCAAUGCAACAAGACUUCCAAAGCUAUUGAUGGCUGUGAGCUUAUGUGCUGUGGGAGGGGCUUUCACACAGACGAAGUGGAGGUGGUGGAAAGGUGCAGUUGCAAGUUCCACUGGUGCUGCUUUGUCAAAUGUAAACAGUGCCACCGAGUGGUAGAAAUGCAUACGUGCCGGUGAUGCCGGGAUGUCCGUCCCCUCUAUAACUGACCCUUCCUCUCCCCUGCCUGUUGCCCCAGGACUGGAGGAGGUGAUCCGGACACCUCAAGGAGAGGGUUGUGUAAAGAGACACCGAGUGCAAGAGAAAGAUAUUUAAAGUUCCAAAAGUGAUUGUUGUAUUUUUGCCUUUAUUUAUUGCCGAAGCCAGAGCCCUCCUGAUCUGCAUGUGCUGGAAGGGUCGCACAUGCGCUCGAUGCUGCUGCUGGGCUGGGGCCAGGCAAGGGGGCUUUGUGGCGCCCGCCCCCAAGAACCUGCCCCCGUCAGACGAACUCCCACUGACUGACCAAUGGAGCAUUUCGGUCCGCGUAGAUUUUAAACUGAAACAAAACCUAGCGUUAGGCACUUUUAUAUUGGUCUUUUAUAUUACAGCUACUUCAGACUCACAACAAACCGCAGGCCUGGCCUGAGGCUCCCGGAGUCUGUUCUCAUAUUGGCUGGUUCCGUACCACGUGCCAGGAGAAGAGAGAGGGCAGAGCCCGCGGAGCGUCCCAAGCUGCCCUGGGGAUUGUGCUGUUGCCAGGAACUGAGCUGCUGGGACCAGCUGAUUCCGCAGACCAGAGAUCUUUGUGCAGAAGUUAAAAUGUGGGGAAGGACAAAACUAGUGGUCUGGUUCCAAGCCCCUGGCUUCUUCUUCGUGUUGUUAUGCGGUAGGGUUCUCCCUUUGGGUCCAAGCCACUGGAAGCGGUGAGGGACGCUGUCCACCACGGAAGCAGGAGUCAGGAGAACAGAGACCCAACUGCACAGAAACUCUUUCAUCGAAGGUGGAAUCUGCUUCACCAACAGCCCCCGGUGCCAUGAGCCCAUAUCCACUCGUGCUGUUCAGCUCCAACCGCCCUGGGAGGCUGACGGCCUGUCAUCUCUUCCCAUUCCCAGCUGAUGCCUGUUGUGGUAGCAGCCUCUUACUUAGAAAUAAAAGAAAAAAUAAUCGGGCUGAUGAGUAAGUCCCUGAGCGCUUCCCAGGCCCCCCACCCCCUCCGUAGCCUUCACCACAGCAAAGCCCUGAGCCCGGCCUCUCCAACACUGGUGCAAGCUUCACCCCAGGCCUUGCACGUUUCCUGCCGCCGAGCCCCCGCCUAGUCCACUGCAACCGUGGUGCCUCCUGGGCUCCCGACCUCAGCUGUCAGAGCUCCUCUGGCUGCCGGCCAACCCACAGCCCCCACCCCACAUGUACCUGGGGCUGCCUUUCCUCUUACAGCCUUUGCCACACUGUGGGCUCCUGCCCAGCCUAUUAACCACCCUGGGCUCCUCUCCCCACUCCCCUUCCCAGCAAAGCUGGGUCCUGAGCCCAGCCACGUCCACCCCUCCCCACGCCCUCUGCUUCACACCGGCCUCUGCUCCUCCUCCACAGCCUGGAAACCACAGAGGGCUCCUAGCCCCACCCCCACCCAUUACCCCACAGAUCAGGCCUGACCCCAGCAGGAGCAGCCCCUCCCCCCAGCCUUUGCCAUGGGGCUCCAGCCCCUCCCCCCAACCUUUGCCACGGGGCCCUGACCUGACCCAAGCAGCGCUGGCCUCUUCCCCCCCAAAAACGCAUUGCCUCUCAGGGGGCCCUGGCCUGACCCCAGCAGCGUUGGCCUCCCCUCCGCUGCUCCUUCCAGGGCAGUUUCCCCCCACACCCCUGAGAUGCCCCCAGACAGCUGAUCCUGAAGCCCAUGUGUAUCUGCUGGGGUCACACGGCGCUGCAGCACAGAAACUGCGGCCUGGACCAAUUGUCUGCAAAGGGACCUUUAUGCCUCCCGGGUUCUGGGUGCUGCGGGAGCCAGGUUGGAGCAGCUCCAGGGGCUGCUUUGCUGCCAGCCUAGCUGGAGGCAGCUGCUGCUGCUACGCUCUCAUACCCCCAGUAACCAUCCUCCUGGGGCGGUUCCCCAGCGCUGUGCACUGAGGGCUGUGCUGGGGGAAGGAUACGGCCCAGCUACGCUGGAGCUAUUCCCUGGGGGCCGUUUCUAUCCCUUUCCAACACCAGAGCAGCAUAAUGGGGCCUUAUAGGGGUCAGCAUCUGCCCCAGCCUUUUAGCAGGAAGUCACUUGAGAUUUCUUCAGUUUUUCCAAAUGCUGCAUCUGCAUCCCCGGUCCCGGUCUGCAGGGUCUCAGAGACCUGGCCUCCCCCGUCACUCUCUCUGUCUCUGCUCCCCGAGGGGCCCAUUCUCCCCGGCCUCUCUCAUGCGGACUCUGUGGAAAGAGGAAUCUGGAUGUGUUCGAUGUGGCCAGAACCAUAUCCAUUCUCAGCCUUUGGUUCGUAGGGGGGUGGAGUGAUUUCCGAGGAGGGGGAAACGGUGCUGGAGUACUACAUGUAUAUUGGCCUUUGCCUACUGCUGCUGUCCAGCCCUAAACGCAGGCGCUGCAGAGGGGACGAGGGGCACUGGGCUAUCCUUACUGGCCACCAUUUGCUUUACAAACAACAUCCGGAAAUGAACACACCAGAGGCUCAGCUUUUCUUAAGGCAGAGACCUGAACGCUCCUCCUCCCCUCAGCCUUCACCUUGCAGCCGGGCUGGCUAGUGCCCUGUUCAGCUACGCUCUCUCCCCUUCCUCCCAGGAUGAGGGUCGUACAGAGCCCUUGCUGCUGCUCGACAGAGUGAAAUAUUUGGAGAAUUAAUAAGCCGUGGGGCACUGAGGGGAGGUGGCACAUGAAACACUCUCCCUCUCACCUCGUGAUGUGCAGAAGGAAAAGGUGGAAAAGGCAGGUUAAUCUCCAAAAUCACGCCUCCAGGUGAGAGAGGAAUCUGCUGUUGGCAGAGACCAAAGCAGGACCCUGUCACUUGCUAACAGCUCCUCUCCUGCUAGCUGAGUGGAAAACUCUGUGUGCUGAUGGUGCCAACCCUCCAUCUCGACUGUCGUUCCCAAUCCAGAAAAGCCCGGACUCUUCUGCUUGCCCGUGAUCCAUUCUCUUUAAGACCGAGACAGAGGUUUAAGAGCUGAAUCCAUGCAGACCUUAGGCCUAUAUUUUUUCCCUCUUCUUCCCCUUAAAGAAGAGGCGAGGGGAAAGGUUAGAGGGAAAGGCAGACACACAAGAAAUCCCGUCUGUGCUGUGGCAGUGAUGGGACGGGGGAGCGGCUGUGGUCGUUGGAAGGACUCCAGACACCGUCCGGCUGGAACUUUUCUGACAACUGACUCGGCGCAGCAGCAGAUGCUCCUCCGGAGGCUGAACCGUGUGCCCAGAAUGGGCCCCUGCUCGUUCGGCACGCUACACUUCCGCUUUCUGUGCAAUGUGGGACAAGAAAGGAUCCCACGGAGUGAAGCCACCAGUGGGGCAGAAGAUCGCUUCUCCCUUCAGCCGACUCCCCUGGAACUUCUUGGUUUGUCUUGUAACCGCAAAUUGCUUCAGUGCCCUGCGGAAGGGCUAAGCAGCAGACUGCAGCUCCAUUGCCAUCCCCCAGUAAGUGCAGGCCUCCUAAAGGCCAAGAAGAAACUUCACCUGGUGGACUCAAGCCCCUUCCAACCUGGAAUGCAGCACUUCUUGCACCAGUUCAUUCACUCUGAUCGAAACAGGAGCUAUUAACUUGAGCAACACCAGCUCCGUCCUGCGCUGCGGGAGUGAUUUCUGUUCUGCACCGCGUUGGUUUACAUAUACUAUGAUAUUAAAUCACCUUUUGCAGGUAUCUGGGCUUUAACUCCCAUGUCAAGCUGCUGCCUCAAUUCUCUGGGCUCCAGUGUGUUAAGACUGUGAGUUUUCAAGUGCCUUGAAGAUUCUUUAUACUAUUUCCCAGCUAAUGCAGUGGGGGCCGCUGACCUCAGGACGUUGGCCAACUUUUCUGCUCGUUGUCCAGCUAGGCCGAGGGCCAAAGCUGAACGAGACAAUCCAGAUCAGUGUGGAGAUAAUCUCUCUGCACGGGGUUUUUUCAAACUGCGCUGAAAGCUGAUCCCUGGAAAUGUCACCCCCGAGGUCCCCUGGCUCUGCAGCUCUCUGGCGCGUCUCACAAUUGUACGUUUCAGCACCAGCACAGCAACGUUGCCUUUUUCUGAUUUACUUUGUCUAUUAAAGAAUGAUUUUGUGCUAAAUUAGCAUCGGGUGUCCGCCCCCCGCCCCCAGUAAUGGAGCUGCCCUGUGCUAUGUAAAACCAGUGCUCUCUGCAAACAGCUCUUCCUGGCUGUUCUGAUGUGCUGGGACUCCUGCAGUUAGAAGGGGAAGAACCUGUGUGGGUGAGGUCUCGGUGCCCAUCUCAUUGAAAUGCCUGGGAGGAGAGGCCUUCAGCUGUCACUUGACAAGCAUCCCAGGGGAGGACCUGCCCACGUCUCACCACAUGAAUAUUCUGGAGGUCUGGGAGGAUCCUGCUCUUCAGGCUAGUGGCUGUCUCCUCUUGAUAUUCCCAUCAUGGAUGUUCGGUCUGGGCCCCUCUUCAGUGCUAAUUCGGUGUCUGCGAUCACAAGUGCAUUCACAUCCUUCCUGUUACCAGAGCGCGCUUCCCCCCACCCCCCAGUGCUUUACAAAGGCGGGUGGGUAUUAUCCCUGCUUUACAGGGGAAGAAACUGAGGCACAGGGCGGCAGUGACUUGCCCAGAGAGUCAUUGCUGCACCUGGGAACAGAACCAGUUAUCCUGACCGUUAAUCUCCUGUCUUAAUCACUAUAGGCUGCCUGCUGCACCCAGGGUUGUGAGUUCAAUUCUCGAGGGGGCCACUUAAGGAUCUGGGGCAAAAUCCUGCUAGUGAAGGCAGGGGGCUGGACUCGAUGACCAUUCAGGGUCCCUUCCAGCUCUAUGAGAUAGAGCUCAAGAGCAGCACGUAGCUUAAAUCUCGGUCACACUGCAAUGUCAUGUUGUCAAGAGCCUGGGGAUAACGAUCAGUUUAAAACAGUCCAACAUCCUCAGCCUGCAGGCAGGGGUCACAGCCGAUGCUUUGCAGAUUCUCUGCCCUACUCCCCGCCCUUUGUGCUACCCAGGCUGGCAAGGGAACCAGAAACCCCACACCUGCCUCCUGUUAGGGAUUCCCUGGGUAUGAAAGAGUCCCCAGCUGUGAGCGUAGAGCCAGUGCAUUUAGCUCUGACAUCUCCAGCCCUUGGUAUAGGCGGCAUUGGGCUAUAGAGGUGGGGUGGGGGUGGCUGGAGUGCACGGCACUCUACCCAUCUCCAUCUAAUGCUGCUCUUGUUUGUGCUGGGGCAGAGAUCCAGGGGCCAGAGCUAGUUCUCAACUUCUCCUUUUCUCGCACCUGGGGUGACCUGGAUGGCUGUUGGGGAGGAAAGCCAUCCUGUGCUAGGGGCUUCCCUACGCUCACCGGAGCCAGUCAAGCUCCGUUCCGGCCCUCCUUGAAGCUCCUACAGCCUGGCAGCAAAGCAGCCAGAGCCGUGCUGCUCCCUCCCCUGUGGUGCAGAUGGAGGUCAGGGAGGCAGUACUGAGCAGUUGUAGCAGGGAAGGGGCAGCAGCUGUUCUGCGCACUCCUGGGAUGCAGGGGAGGUUGUUUUGGAGGUGGCGCCCCCCAGUUUCUUCCUGCAUCAACGGGGCUGAUUCCCCCGUGGCCCAGGGCUUUGCUGUCAGCUCAGAAUCAAAUACAUAUUCUCUCUUUAGCACGGUUGUCCGGGGGGCCAUGAGUUGGAACCCCCCGGGUUUUAAGUGAGCACUCAGGCCAGAAUUUUCAAAAGGGCUCAGUACCGGCAAUCGGGUCCAGAUUUUUAAAGGCACAUUGGGUGCAGAGGGCUUGAAAAUGGCUUCCUUCGGUGGGCCCUGGCGUCUGUCAUCUCCCAGGGUAACGAUCUGCCCAGCUCCCCCAAAGCCUGAAAGUUGGUAAUUCCUGUGCUCAGGGGGAUGUGAGGCGGCGUGUUCCCAUAAACCAGAGACCCGGCCCAAGGUGUUACUGCUCCCUCGGCUCCUUCCCUUGCAUGAGUGUCUUUGGGCCUCUUUUCAGGAGACAUUGGGCACGAACUCCUUGGCUGUUUACCGAGGCCGAGCCCUAGGCAAUCAGAAGCUGUCGUUACAUGGGGUCCUUACACAUAAAGAACUAGCCCCAGCGCAGUGUUCUUGUUCUACCUCUCUUCAUACGAAUGCCUGGGCAACAGCACAGAUGAAUCCCCCCGAAACCAUGGCAUUUCUUGAGCCUCAGGCAUCUGGGAACAACAGGCUCUGAUAUCUACACACACAUGCGGAGCCGUCUGUCAGGGCUCGGAUUCUGGAUGUCCCCAUGCUCAGCAUCUCUGAUCGACACUGUCAAAUACGUACAUAACCCUGGAAAGCUGUCAACCUGUGCUGCCCCAGGCCAAGGUCUCUGUGUGUCAUGGAAAUGUAGCUAGAAACCACUUCCCGUGUGUGUUCCCCCGUGCCCUUGCUGUCUGGCGCGGAAGCUGGGUUGCUGUAGGAUAUUGGAUGCUGCUAUCCCAAACUGUGUGGUACUCUGACUAUUAUUUUUGAAUUUUAGUGUCCUAUUUUUAUACUAUGUAAUUGGCUGUAAUGUUUCCAUCACAUAGUUUGACUCACAUUUUGGUGGCAUUCACUAUAAAAAUGAUUACUUCUUGCAUUCUG